GUCGUAUAGGAUCCGCGGUGAAAUCGUCCAACGUUGCUAUUAUCAGACCGCGAUUAUUGAUAAUUACAGAAGUUGACGUACGAAUUACAUGUAUUAUAUAUUUGUGUACAACAUCGCGAUCGAAUUGCGGGUUGCAUUCGCAGUACAGAGAGAUCCUCUUUGCAGCGUAGCGCAGCGCGAUCCAGCGAGAUCGAAGCAACAUGCGCGAGAGAAGGCGCUGACGCGAUACGCGAUUCGGAAGAACGGAACAGCCGUGUGCGGCGCGAUGGCGCAAGGAGAGGGCCGCGCGAGCCGCGGCAGCGGUCGCGAUAGUCGGGGUAGGGACGGUACGUCAGCAUGUCGCCGCUCGCUAUCGUCCGUAGAAUCACGGGCAAAUCAAACAUGGCGAUUCGGUCGCUGUUUACGGUGCGAGCAUACGGUUACUAGUGCCGGGGCGGGUGGUAUCAGUACGCGAGAGUGACUCUUCGGCGGCGGUGCGUGAUCGUGCCAUCGUGUAUUAACGGAUUCCGGUACGUAUCGUGGACAUGGAGCCGCGUAGGACGGAAACGGCAAUGAGAAAAGUGUCGGGCGGUGCUGAUGAUGAUGGAGUACACGACGCAAAGGGCGUAGAAGCUGGGCCAACGCCUGCGACGUCAUCGCCUCCAGUCGCGGAGCGGGUGUCGCAACCUGUCGGCGAGAACGCGGAGCGGAAAGUCGAAUGCGCCAAUGGAAAGAAUGUAAGACCCGGUCGAUCAAUAAGCAAUGAUAAUAUUUUUAAAAUGCCUCGCUUAUUCACUGACAAGUGUCCAAAGUCGCUUAUAAACACUUGUGGAAGAUUGGAGAGUGGUAGCGGCAGUGGCGAUCAGGAUGGUGGUCAGCAUGACGAUGGAACGGACAUUGCAGCGAAGAAGAGAAAAACUCGAAGAGGCAAACCCAAGCAUAGGAAAUUAAAGCCUUAUUCAAAGCAAGUAUCCUAUCAGCAGCAAUUAAGGAGCAGAUGUAUUGGUAGGAUCGCUAAAACCAGCAGGCAACCACCGGCCUUGUACAAUACCACACAAUUUCUCAUGGCCGAUCACAGUGAUCUACCAGAUCUUGAGCAAAAAUUAUCGGAAGCUGCGUCAUUGGAAGUAACUGCUUUGUUUCCAAAGCCAUCAGCGCCAUCGCGCACUCGCGAUUCCAGUUUCAGCGUAGAUUCCGAUGAGGAUUACUUUUACUCAUCUCCAGAGGAUGAGGAGGAAUUUUUAACGAAGGAAUUUUCAACCGCAUACGAAGCCGUUCAUGAGGAGCGACUGAGCACACUGACAAAAACGGAAUUGAUACAGGAAUAUAGGCUCUUAGAAGCCAGAAUGGAUUCGUUAACAAAAAGACGUAAUAAGAGCAGUCAUCAAACGGGGGAGGAAAGAGAUUCGGAAAAUAAAAAUGUAUCUACUACAGAUUCUGAGAUUGCGAAGAAAUUGAAGUUGUGUCAACAACGGAUCGACGAUCUGUUACAGCAGAAUGAGCAGUUGAGGCGGGAAAAUGAAAUGUUACGUACUGAAAAGAGAUUACGCGCGAGCAGCUCCGAAUCUAGUGUCGACAGUGAAAACGACAGCGACAGUUCUAGUAAUAGCAACCAAAGUGGAUGCAGUUGCUCUCUUUCGAGUUCAGUAACAUCUCCUAAGCAUACUUAUAAAUCUAGAUUAGAUAAUAAUAUAAGAACGGAUAACAAAAACGAUAGCUGCGAUACUAGCCAAAGUGGAAGUCCUAGAACAUCUGUAACACCCACUAAUUUCUCCAAUGGUCAUAUAAUUCUAAAUGAAACCAGUAGUUUACCCACGUAGAUUCCGAAAUUGCUUCUUAGUAUGUACUGAUAUUAUGUUCGAUAUUUGAAAUCCCCAUUGAUAAGAUAGGCUGCAUUCAUUCGAUAUAUAUUGAUACAACGUAUAAGGCUUUUGAGUAGUCGGCCGAGAAUUCCGUUAAUAGUGACGACGUAGUAUUGCGGAAAAAAUUAGAAACCAAUAGAUGAAACAUGACAUGCUAACGAUGAAAUUUUGUCUUGCACAUCAUUUUGUUAUAUAUUUCAGUGUGAAAAUGUGACUUGUUUCGUAUUUACCAGAUUCGUAAAAAAAAAAAAUAAUAAAUGGGUCGCAAAUAAAAUUUAUUUUUGAAUUUUAUACAUAGAAUAUUUUUCACUCCUUUUAACAGUUGUCCAUGUAUUUUUUUGCCUGAAUAGGCUUUACUUCAUGUACUUUUUACAAACAUUUACUGUCUGGGGAAAAGGACAUAAAGCCCAUUUUUAUAAGUGUAUUGAAGUGAUUUUGUUUCACCUAAAUUCUCUUUAUUUACUAAUGUAGGAAAAAUUCAUGAAGUUGAUUGGGAGAUUUAAUCCCUGAUUCUCAUUCCUGACACUUAGCAUGCUACAUCACGACUGCUUCAUUGGUCUCAUAAAAAUUUUGAUUGUUUAUAGUUUGCUCUAUGGUUCUAUUUUCCUAUACAAAUGACACGCAAGAAAUUUUUACGUGUGAUUUCUCGUUUAUGACGUCACUUCAAUAUGGCCGCAGCGACUCAGGAGCCUUAAAAGAAGCAAAUUCUUCAUUCAAUUUUGUUGUAAUCCAGCAAUUUCAUCUUUCUUCUAAUACCUUCUAAAUCUCGUUAGGCUAUUGUUUAACAUCCUGUUACUAUGCUGGUCCAUUCUUUCUCUUAAGACUGUAUAUACAUACAGUGACGUGGAUGCAUAUAUGUAUAACAAUAUAAAUAUAGGAUUAAAGUUCUUUAGGAGAACUCUACGCAUCUGUUUGUGCUAUUUUUGUUAUUUGCUUAGCAAAAUAUUUACCAAACCUAUUGUAUUUGCUUCUAUUUCUUGUUUACUCUGAUACCAUACACAAUGGAAUUUGUUUUCCAGCCUGAUUUUUUUUCUCCUUUCGCAUACUGCCAAUUAUAAGAGUUACAUUUGCAAAUAGACGGUCUACAGACCAUCAACUAACGCAGACCUCUAUAUAUAUAUAUGUAUAAUAUAUAUACAUAUGCAUGAGUAAAGUGCGAAGCGUGAUUCUUUUAGACUCAUCAGAAGUAUUAUAUAAUAUGUAUAAAAUAUGUAAUAUUGUCAAUUGUGAUGACCUAUAUUGUAAGAGGUUAAAAAUCUUUGUACAAUUGUAUAGUUUUAGUCAGUAAGACGAAAGGUUAGUUUAUGGUCUGAAAAUGUAAGAUACGCAAAAGUGUUUUUCGCAUUUCCAAUUUUUAAUAAAUUUUAUGUUUUGCUCCAACAUGUAUGUUUUAAUUAUAAACAAUGAUGUUUGGGACUA